CCGCGCGGGAAUUACGGAGCUGCUGCGGCGGCGGCGGGAUAUUCCGCAGCAGUUUAUUUCGCGGAAGAAAGUGUGAUGGUGGGAAAGGGUCGGCAUUGUGCAACCUACGCCCCUGACCUAUUAGCCUGUGAGCAGGUUAGAAGGCGCGCGGUUUUGUCCCAGGGAGAAGUGUGAACAAUGGAUGAUGACUCCAGCACUCACUCCGUGCCUUCUUCGCUUACUGACAGCUUAGAGGCCGCAAUGGAAAUAGAAGGCCAUUACUCCCGAGUUCUUUCUUUCUCCUGUGCCUCAGACCUGAAAAGUGAAGGAAAAAGCUUUUCUCCUGAUUCUUAUUUAGCAAGUGGUUCUCUUAAGAGGAAUUUACUGGGGCUGGAUCCCUUUCCAAUUGACUAUGAAAAGGACAUUGUGGAAUUAUUUGAUUUUCAAUGGGUUACUGAAAUUGCUUUAGUUGAGUCUUGUACAUUUCUCUUUGGAUUAUUGAGACAAUUUAUAUACAAAUUAGAAAACCUUGCUCAAUCAAGUUCAGCUGACUUUGGUCAAGCUGCAAACUGUCACUUAGAAGCGCAUAAUACGAGACAAAAAUGUGUUGAGUUCCUGCAAUAUGUUAAAGUUUUCAUCUUCAGGUAUUUGGAGCCACAUGAUACAGAAGAUGAGUUGUUCCAUCCAUAUGAGAAACAAGAAGCACAACUCCCUUCCUUGAUUGUUGAAGAACUCUAUUCUUUGACGCUGCAUAUUGGCCGCCUAUGUGACCUCCCUGCUUGCAUUCUAGAAGGAAAUACCAUUCUGCCUCAAGCAAAGUUAUUUCCUCCAUCAUGGCACUUGCUGCAUCUGUACAUAGACAUUCACUGGUCAGUAUUGGAAAUCCUCCAUCUUCUUGGUGAAAAAAUGCGAAGGCAAACCAUAUAUGCUCACAGAUUUACAAAUUUAACUGGAGAAAAUCUAACCAAUAUCAGUUUGUUUGAAGAUCACUGUGGCAAUCUCUUAUAUGAUCUGAUAAGUUUGUCAGUUAAGAGGUAUUCAAAGGUUAGGCUCUCCGAAGCUCUUAUUACUCACCACUAUACGUGUACCUGUAUAAAAGAGCUGUGGGUUCUGCUUAUUCAUCUGCUCAACCACAGAAAUAAAGCAUCUCUUACAGAGUGCUAUGUCAAAUGUCCCUUUCUCCAUAGAUUGUCCCCAAAAUGGUAUACAUUUAUAUUAAUGGUAUACAUUUAUAUUAAUGUCUUUUGGAACUGGCUAAAUAAAAUUCUGAAAAAAGUAUUCGAAAAAAGCAAUGGUACUGAUGAAGUAUCUGGCUUUGAAUCAAUUCCAUGCAAGGAUCCACUGAGCUUCAGUUGGUGGAUUAUAACCCACUUGGCAUCACUUUAUCAUAUUGACCGGAAUGGAUAUACAGAUGAAAAGAAACCAGUAGAAUCCAACUGGCCUUAUGUUGAAGAUCUGCUGAAACAAGCAGUCAAUAAUCAAGCUGGAAUUUUAGAAGAACAAUUACGGAUGCAUCUUCAGUGUUGCUUGACAUUAAGCCACAUCUGGGAUGUAAAUCUCACUAUUGUCACCAUAGUUUGGGAACAUUAUAGCAAAAAUCUGAACAACCCCUUUACCAUUCCUUGGUUUGGUCUUAAAGGUCUUGCAAAUAUUAACAAGACACCCUUAUCUAUAUAUGAGUUGAUAAAGAGCUACUGCAGUGACAUACAUACCCCUGACAUGUAUAUAUCCUGCAACAGUUUCCAAUUUUUUCUUCGCAUAUUGGCACAAAUAAUGAAGAAAGCAGGCAAGAUUAAUGGUGUUCAUCCAUGGAAACAGAUCAAAGGAAGAAUUUAUUCAAAAUUCCACCAGAAAAGAAUGUGUGAACUAACGGAAGUUGGACUUCAAAAUUUCUUCUAUCUUUUCCUGGUGCUGGCGGCCUUAGCAGAGACAGAAGAUGUUGCUAGCCGCAUGAUGGAACUUCUGUGCUUCCUCAGUCCCACUUCUACCAGUGUUACUCAGAAAGCUCUUAUCUGGAAAGGCUACUUUGCCUUCAUCUUAACGUACAUUGAUAAGAGCAUGGACAUCAGAGUGCUUGCUGAGCCACUUUCGGCAGCUUUCUGUGAAAAGGCAAAAGAAUUCUUAGUCACAAGAAACGACCUUGUGCAGAAACAAAACCUUUGGAUGCUACUUUCCACGUAUGUUGAUGGAGUCCAAGAAGUUUUUGAAAGCAGCGUAUACUUGAACCUUUCUGAAGAAAAGCUGAUGAGUGAUGGGUUUAGUAUGUUGCUGCCAGGUUGCCGAGGACCUGAACUCGCCGCAGUGUUAAACUUCCUGCAAGCUGUUUUGUUCAGACUGAGAACAGCACAUGAGCAGUUAAACCAGGGACUUCGGUUAGGAAAUCCAGGCCCCAAUGCACAGCCUUCAUCAGUGGCGAAAGAGCACCACCUUGCUGUUGCCAAAGCUCUCUGGAGAAAUUUCUUUCCCUACUUGAAGGGCCAGAGGAUGGUGAAGACUCCCCCUCCUCAGAUUGCAGAUACAGCUGCAGGUUUGACUUUGUUAGCUUUGGAUUUACCCAGCACAUGUACCUCAGAUCUCCAGCCUCAGCCAAUUAUAUCUAUGAUGCAGUUGUUUGGAUGGGAUGAUAUGGUUUGUCCUCGGCUGGUAUCAAGGUAUCUAACUCAUCUGAUACAAAACAGUGCACUGGCUGAAGCUCUUACUGGCAUGGGUCAUUCAUCUUACCAAUCCUUGUUUGUUCAGUCAUGGUUUCGGUGCAUUUUACAGACGUUUAUCAAUCAGCCUCCCGAGACUUUGAUCAGAACAGAUGCUGAGCAAACUUCCAAUAAGGCUUAUAUGGAACAACUGACUGAACUUACAAGACUGAUAUUCAAACUGCCAGAAGUAAUAACUAUCUUCUCAAAGGCUCACUUUGAGGAGUCUGUCUACAAACAAGAUCCUAAGGAGGCUGUUUUCCGGUUCAUUGAGGCUGUUGGAAAAAACUACAGUGAGCUUCAGCAUCUGCCUGAAAAAUCAGUCAUGGUGACAAAGGCAUUGGUAUAUCUUGGUGACAUAUUAAAAUAUGUAAAACCCUAUUUAAUAAAGAAAGGGCCUGCAGAAGGACUCCAUCUCACCUACAAGAUAAUAGGAUGCCUUAUGAAGUCCUGGGCAGCCAUAUUGGCUACUUCCAAAGCACAGCCCCUCUUGUUCCGCAUUAUAGAUUGCUUGCUUUUGCCCCAUGCUGUGCUUCAGCAGGAUAAAGAACUACCUGCAGUGAUGUUGGCUGCCAUUCGUGAGAAUCUCCCGUUUUUCCUUCAGGGCUUGUCCUUUAUAUGUUGCCUUUGCCAGUCACAAAGUCAGAGUGCCUAUUUGAACCAAUUGUUACGGGAUGUGAUUCGCCAGUAUUUGGGGCGCUUUCUUCUUCUGUCAUCUCGAGCCGGGCAUCAUCCCAUCUUGCUGGCCUUGUGUGGGUCUACUGCCACUCCAGAAGCCAUUCAUCUACACAAGACUUCUGUUCAAGUCAUCAGUGAAAAUUAUCUACAGUUCAAAGGUAAUGCCCCUCCUUCUCGCCUAGGAUUGGUGUUAGCUUUCACUCUUGAAGCACUGCAAAGGACCAAAAGCAUUGAAAUAUGUGAUGUUGAGACGUUGCUGCCUUCUGUCUUAAAGUGCCUCACAUUGGUUAAUGAACCACAAGUUAAAAAACUCUCUACGGAGAUACUGCAGUACUUGGUAGAAGGCUGCCAAACAAGGCCAGGAGGCGAGCUUGCCACCCAGCUGAUUUCUGUGUUGAGGCAGUUUAUUCAAGAUUACACUACUGUGUAUGAUAAUCAGGUUUAUAGCAUCUUGGAGACAGUGGCGAUUCUGGACCAGUCUCUGGUUAUCUGUCUGAUUCCGGCUAUGACAGAAGCUCUGAGGAAUUCAGAGUACAAACAAGGCCUUGGCAGAAACACCUUGCAAAGAGAAGCCUACAAAAGACUUUUAUCUCACCUCACAGAGGCUGGACAAAUGGAGAUACUGAAACUGGAAAAUGAGUCCUAUUAGCAACAUGUUGACUCUGUGUGUGUGUGUGUGUCUGUGUGUGUCUGUGUGUGUAGACAGAGAAGUGUUCCAUAGAAUGCUGCUUCUUUAUGCAGACAACACAUUUCCUGUGUAUUGGUACUGUACAUAAUGUUUCUGCAUAUCUUUAUAUAAGCAGAUGUGAUUUAAUAUUUUAAAACUUCAAACAACAUAUGCGACACAUCCUGAAUGUUUUGUUGUUUCACAUGAACGUUGUGCGCCAUUGCAAUCUAUCAGAACUAUUAGAAAGCUAUGCCAAGAAUAAAAAUGUGUUAUAUUCUAAAUACUAAAUAGAAAUGGGAAACACAAUCUCCAACGGUAUCUUUUCCCUGGUCCAGUAAAUCAGCACUCUUUUGCUGUCACGUCUUUCAGUUUGACAUCUUGAAUGUUUGCACGCCAACACUUCACAUAAGCAAGGCCAGGAUGAGGUGAAGAAACUUGAGUACCUUAUGUUAACAGAAGAUCUUUAUGUAUGCAUUGCAUGGAAUGGUAAGAGCUGUCCUAGUAUUGCCCCCGUUUUAAAAUCUGUAAAUGUGUAUUGCAGAAUUCGACCUCUGACCCUUCUGUGUUAUCCUUAUACUUGUUUGAAUACCAAGAACUGAUUCAAUAAUGAAAACUGCUCACCAGGUCACUGUAUUGCUGUAUGGAUUCUCAUUCAAUAAAUUAUGCAAUUGCCACAUCUGGCAAGUAGACCCUUCAUUUAUAAGUAGGGUGCUAUAUUGACUCAGUGGCAAAACUGGUGAAAUGAAAUUUGUCGGUUAAUAACCAGAGACUUUUUUGUGUCCAUCAGUUAUUGUCAGAAAAACUUCCUCCUAGUCUUGUUGAGAGCAUAUUCUAUUGUUGGGGUUUUAUUAUGUAAAGAUAGCAGAUUAUCUCUUCCCUAACUCAACUAUUAUUACAUCAGGACGUACGGGAACUAAAGCUUCUUUUAGGCUACUUAAUAGUGUGGAGUCAAAACCUUCUUUUCAUUUAUGAAAGAGACAGUGAAUUUACAUUGUAGUCUCUUGUAAGCAACUACCCUUUGGAAGAGUUUAAUUCAGUUCAAAAGGCCUUCAUUUCUAAAAGCUUUCUUUAAAAAAACCUUCAGGUGAGAUGCUUUCAAAAUCUGAAUCUUUACCAUUCAGUAGAAACGCAAAGGAGAAAUACGCCUUUUGCAUUAGGUUUUUGAGUGUGAAACCUUUGAUUUGUAGGAAAAUAGGAGUUACAUUAUAACAGCUUGUUUAACCCAACAGUCUUUUAUUGGAAAUGUAAUUAAUACUUAGCUGAGAUAUUUAAAGAGUUUUAUGAGUCUCAAUUCAUGAAAAAUUACUCUUGAAUGAGAAGUCAGUUGAAAGAUUUAUUAACACAUCUUUUUAACAUUGAAUUAUAUGAUCGCUGGCAGUGAUUAUUUGCCUGUGGGUUCAGGGAACAGAUAUAUCUAACUAUUGCAGAGAAGCUUUAUAAAUCUGCAUUGAAGAAUUUGAACAAUUGCAGAGUGCACAUGACAUGGCAAAAUAUAUAUGGCAAUAAUAUACGGAAAUAUAUAAAAUGUUAAAAUUUAAUUUGGUACAUAAAAAGCCUCAAGUGCUUUAUGUUUAUUUAUGAUUCUGUUUUAAAUAAAGGCUUUUAUGACAAAUUCCUUUAUAAAGUUUAGAGCCACAAUAUUAAUUCACUUAUUCCAAGUAGAUGAAUUUAGUUUUAGAUAGAAAUGUCUACUUCUGAUUAAAUUCUGUUUAUUGAGUGAAGGCUUAAUUACUGAAUUCAGUGUGACCAUUCAAAGGCUUAUUAGAUUGUAAACCAUAGUAAAUCUUUUUAUCAUAAUGUGCCGUUACUGUUUGUAUAAGGUAUGCAGGCCAUGGUUAUAAAUCGUAGUCAAGAACCCUGAGCAGAGGAGUUAAUGUGUAGUUAGAAAGAAGUCCUUUCACAAAUUCAAGAAAAGAAGGACAUGAGUGUUACAUUUUCUUAUCUUGAUUCCUUUGCAACCAUGAAGUCUUUCCUCACACCCUAAGUUAUACAGAUAAGUUACAAGCCUGACCUU